AUGUCGGCGGAUCUUUUCGCAGACUGGAAGAAGGAAGAGGAAGCACUUCCUGACUCACGUACUAAAGGAUUCGAAGGAGGUGGUGGUGGUAAUGGCGGUACUAAUAGCAAUAUCUAUGAAUCACCAUAUCAUAAGGGAGCUAUCAAGACCGACGGAUUUCCUCCUGGUGAUCGUAAUAGUAAUGAUGAUUUUGACUUUGAAACAAUUGGUGAAGAUCAUUCAAGACAUGACAAAGAAGAAGAAGAAAAACCGAUAUUUGAAGUACGAGAACAUGGAUUAAAACUCUCACGUCGUAAAGGAUUUACAUUAAAUUCCAUGGGAAUUGGAAAUGGUGUCUUAGUGAUGGGAUCUCAAGAAGGAAUGUUACUACGCUGUACCACGGAAGCUACAGAUAGUAAUGGCACCGUUGAAGAAAUUAUGAUUGAACCACGUGUUGCCAUGUAUAAUGUCUUUAUUGAUCCAACUGGAGCUCAUGUGAUUAUCUCCAUGGAAAAUGGAUCAAAUUUUUAUCUACAUACGGGAUCAACACGUCCUAAAAAAAUCAUGAAAGCUCAAGCACUACAAUUUACUUGUCUAGCAUGGGAUCGUCAAGCUGGAUCACCUGAAGCUUCUGAGCCGAUACUGAUUGGUACCGAUACGGGAGCCGUGUUUAAAGCAGAGUUUGAUGGAGGGAAAGAAAAGUCUUUCAAGAAAGUCUAUCAAAUUUCGAAUCAAGGAUCUAUUGGAGGUAUUGCUUUUGAACAUUGGAAAUUACCGUCAGGAGAUUUGAGAUAUUUUGUCAUGCUCACGACGUCCGCGUCGGGAAAAAGACCGACGCGGCUGUUUCAAUUCAUUGGGGGAGGUCCAGGUGGACUGGAAGCAAUGUUUAAAGAGUACACGAGUCCGGAGAAAUUACGGUUUCAAGAACUACCAGGGGACAUUUCUACGGCAGAACUGCAAUUCUAUGCAAAACAAGAGCGCGAACGUGCAAAGGGCUUUGGUGUACUAACAGGUGAAGGAGUGUACCAUGGAGAAUUUGUGUUUGGUCUGUCGAGCACGAUGGACAAUGUGACGACGAGCACGGGCAUGCUGGCAUACCCGAAUAAGCCUGAAAAGUCUUCGGGCAGUCGCGGAUCAUGGACACCACCGAUAUCGAUGGCAGUGACCCAGUACCACGUAAUUCUGUUGUUUGCACGCCAUAUUCAAGUGGUGUCGAAGCUGAAUGGCGUCGUUGUAAUGGAGGAAUCCUUCGACUCGCGAGUCGGGACGAUGCACAGCAUUACUGUGGAUGACACGUUCAAAACAGUGUGGAUUCACUCGAACCGUCGUAUCCUGGAGGUAGUCAUUACCGACGAAGACCGUAAUGUGUGGAAGCUGUUUCUCAGCAAGGCUGUGACGGGCAACGGCGACGAUCGCGGUUUUGAACAGGCACUAAGCGUCUGCCGCAAUGGAUGGGAACGUCAGCGCGUGCUGACUGCGCAGGCAGACACACUAUUUGAUAAGGGAGAGUUCGAUCGUGCCGCGGUGAUCUACGCCAAGACGACGCGUUCAUUUGAAGAGGUAGCGCUGAAGUUCCUUGAAAAGGAGACUCGCGACUCAUUGCUUCUUUUCUUGCUGCAAAAGCUGAAAAGUUUGGGAAGUGAGGAGAAGACACAGAAGACUGUGCUAUGCUCGUGGAUCGUUGAGCUCUUUCUGGACAAGUUUAAUGUGCUGAAGGGCAGUGCACAGGAUGUCGACGCGCACGCAAAUUUGUUGUUCGAGUUUAAGCAGUUUUUGCAGGACCAAAAGAGUCACCUCGACCCAGCCACGACGUUUAAUCUGAUCUCAAGUCACGGUCGACCUGAUGAGCUUAUGUUUUAUGCAACUCUUAUCGAAGAUUAUGAAAAAGUCAUUACGUACCACGUGGACCGCGGUGAGUAUGGAGCUGCAAUUGAGUUGCUUCGCAGCGUGGAAACGUCCAAGGUAGAAGAGCUCUGGUAUAAGUAUUCGCCCGAACUUAUCAUACACAAGCCGAAGGAAGUAUACGAAGCAUGGCUGGAGGCUACCUCACUCAACCCAACGCGUCUCAUUCCAUCAAUUGUACGCCAUGUGCACCAGAAGAACGGUGUGGAUGGAGACUCGGCGAACAGUACGACCAAAAGUCGUUCGGUAUUGGAUAUGGCCAUUCGGUUCCUGAAAUUUGCUAUCAAGCAAGGCAACCGCGAUCCAACGAUCCACAAUUACCUGCUAUUUCUAUUGGCCAAGCACCCUGAUGAGCGUUUACUCAUCAGCUUCUUACGUAAGAAACACAAUGGCAGGCACCUGUUUGACAUUGCAUUUGCACUGCGGCUUUGCACACAGAACGAAAAGAAUCGUGCGUGUAUCUACAUCUACUCGGCGAUGGGGCUAUAUCAGGACGCCGUGGAAAAGGCACUCCAAGUAGAUGUGAAGAUUGCUAAAGAAAUGGCCGGCAUGCCCGAGGAUGAUGAGACUCGCAAGAAACUGUGGACGCUGAUCGCGAAGCACACGAUUGAUGCAGGUGGUGAGAUCAAGGAUGCCAUGAACAUCCUAAAGGAGAGUGAUCUGCUAAAGAUUGAGGACAUCCUUCCUUUCUUUCCUGACUUUGUCCUGAUCAACGAUUUCAAGAAGGAGAUUUGCGAGUCGCUCGAGGUGUACAAUGACCGUAUUGAACAGCUGAAGGAGGAGAUGCAAGACUACACACAGUCGGCCGAGUUGAUCCGCGCUGACAUGCAGAAACUGCGUAAACGAUGUGCUGUCAUAUCGGGCAACCAGCGCUGUGAGCUUACUGGCUUAAACAUUCUGGGCAAGGAGUUUUACCUCUUUCCGUGCUCACACGCUUUCCACGCUGGAGCACUGCGCCAGGAAAUGCAGAAACACCUCAAUAGUUUCCAGCGACAAACCGUGAAGCAGCUUAUUCAGAAACUAAAUGAGCUUUCCACUGAAAUGCCAGCGAGUACGAAAUUGUUCCAGCGAUCGCUCUCAGCCUUCCCGUUUCUAAACUUGUCCUCUAGCGAGAAGGAAGUGAUGACGCCUGGUACCGAGGGAGUUAGCGCUGCAGCGACAGCAAAGGCGAAAAAUGCUGCGAAAGAGCAGUCCAUUGCGCAGGAGCGAGAGAUGGUGCAGCAAAAGCUGGACGAGAUCAUCGCAUCCGAGUGUAUUUUCUGUGGUGAGGUUAUGAUCAAAUCCAUUCACACACCUUUCAUCACACCGGAGGACGAGGCAAACGAAGGCGGCGAGUGGGCCAUCUAA